AUGGAGGAGGUAAUCCCAUAUAACAUGAAAUUGCCAACUUUCAACGGAGAAGGAGAUCCUAGAGGCCAUACGUCCAGAUUCACCACCACCAUGGGGCUGUUAAGCGUAUCAGACGCGAUCCUGUGUCGAGUGUUCCCAACCACUCUCACAAGGACCGCCCAGAGAUGGUACAACAAGCUCAAACCGGGGUCGAUCAAGAGCUUCGCCUCACUAUCGACAGAUUUUCUCAAUAGGUACCUUACGAACGUACCAGCGAAAACGACCAUCAGCGUCCUGAGGUCGUGUAUUCAGGAGGAAAGAGAAACACUAAUAAACUACAUCGAGCGAUUCAACAAGCAAGCUAUGAAGAUAGACAACUUGAAUGUCGACAUGGCAACUGAAGCAUUACGAGAGGGAGCACGAUUCUGCAAAUUAGUGGACAAAAUGUUGGUUAACAAACCAACUACUUUCUCAAACCUGAAGGGCAUAGCCCAAAAAUACUUCAAGCUGGACGAAGGCCGCAAGGCCAUUCGCGGAAAAGAGGCGAAGGGGAAGGAAUCAAAAGAAAAACCUAAAGAGAAGUCGAAAUCAAGAUCGGAAGAUAAGAGAGGGAAACCUGAAGAAAGCAGACGAUUUGCCCCCCAAGGAAGAUACGACCCCCGAGAUGAUGAACGAAACUUUACACCGCCGAACACCAACCGAACCAAUGUCCUCAUGUGGAUCAAAGAAAGUGUCAAAAAUGUGGUAUGGCCGUCUAAGAUGAAAGCCGAAAUCAGAGACACAAGAAAAUACUUCAAGUUUCAUGAAGAUUAUGGGCACGAGACAGAUGGGUGCCGAGACCUAAAAGUAGAAAUAGAGAGAAUGAUAGACGCAGACGAGCUGAGGAAGUUCGGAGCUCACAAAACAAUUAUUUGUCCUUUUAAGAUUUUAAAACGGUUUUAA